GGAUUACAGGCGUGAGCCACCGCGCCCGGCCUGACAGCUUUUAUCCAGAAAACUGUCGCCAGUAAAGGUUCCCGUCUCAGUAAACUGUAAACGACAGUAGGCCCACAGAAGGUUCUAAGGGGAGAGGAAGCCAGUGCAGGAACAGCACCGCCCACAAAUUUUCUGCAGCGUGAUUUGUCCCCAGUGGCGACUCGUAGAGAGUUCGGGGCUCGCUACCAGCCCCUCUCCUGAUUGGCCUUGUGCCGCGCGCUCGAGCGUGCUUGGCGCCUGCGCUGGACGACUCGGCCGGUAGUGGAGAUGUCCGGCCGGUCUAAGCGGGAGUCUCGCGGUUCCACUCGCGGGAAGCGAGAGUCUGAGUCGCGGGGCAGCUCCGGUCGCGUCAAGCGGGAGCGAGAUCGGGAGCGGGAGCCUGAGGCGGCGAGCUCCCGGGGCAGCCCUGUGCGCGUGAAGCGGGAGGUCGAGCCGGCGAGCGCGCGCGAGGCCCCGGCUUCUGUUGUCCCGUUUGUGCGGGUGAAGCGGGAGCGCGAGGUCGAUGAGGACUCGGAGCCUGAGCGGGAGGUGCGAGCAAAGAAUGGCCGAGUGGAUUCUGAGGACCGGAGGAGCCGCCACUGCCCGUACCUGGACACCAUUAACAGGAGUGUGCUGGACUUUGACUUUGAGAAACUGUGUUCUAUUUCCCUCUCACACAUCAAUGCUUAUGCCUGUCUGGUGUGUGGCAAGUACUUUCAAGGCCGGGGUUUGAAGUCUCACGCCUACAUUCACAGUGUCCAGUUUAGCCACCAUGUUUUCCUCAACCUCCACACCCUCAAGUUUUACUGCCUGCCAGACAACUAUGAGAUCAUCGAUUCCUCAUUGGAGGAUAUCACGUAUGUGUUGAAGCCCACUUUCACAAAGCAGCAAAUUGCAAACCUGGACAAGCAAGCCAAAUUGUCCCGGGCAUAUGAUGGUACCACUUACCUGCCAGGUAUCGUGGGACUGAAUAACAUAAAGGCCAAUGAUUAUGCCAACGCUGUCCUUCAGGCUCUAUCUAAUGUUCCUCCUCUCCGGAACUACUUUCUGGAAGAAGACAAUUAUAAGAACAUCAAACGUCCUCCAGGGGAUAUCAUGUUCUUGUUGGUCCAGCGUUUUGGAGAGCUGAUGAGAAAGCUCUGGAACCCUCGAAAUUUCAAGGCACAUGUGUCUCCCCAUGAGAUGCUUCAGGCAGUUGUACUUUGCAGUAAGAAGACUUUUCAGAUCACCAAACAAGGAGAUGGCGUUGACUUUCUGUCUUGGUUUCUGAAUGCUCUGCACUCAGCUCUGGGGGGCACAAAGAAGAAAAAGAAGACUAUUGUGACUGAUGUUUUCCAGGGGUCCAUGAGGAUCUUCACUAAAAAGCUUCCCCAUCCUGAUCUGCCAGCAGAAGAAAAAGAGCAGUUGCUCCAUAAUGACGAGUACCAGGAGACAAUGGUGGAGUCCACUUUUAUGUACCUGACGCUAGACCUUCCUACUGCCCCCCUCUACAAGGACGAGAAGGAGCAGCUCAUCAUUCCCCAAGUGCCACUCUUCAACAUCCUGGCUAAGUUCAAUGGCAUCACUGAGAAGGAAUAUAAGACUUACAAGGAGAACUUUCUGAAGCGCUUCCAGCUUACCAAGUUGCCUCCAUAUCUAAUCUUUUGUAUCAAGAGAUUCACUAAGAACAACUUCUUUGUUGAGAAGAAUCCAACUAUUGUCAAUUUCCCUAUUACAAAUGUGGAUCUGAGAGAAUACUUGUCUGAAGAAGUACAAGCAGUACACAAGAAUACCACCUAUGACCUCAUUGCCAACAUCGUGCAUGACGGCAAGCCCUCCGAGGGCUCCUACCGGAUCCACGUGCUUCAUCAUGGGACAGGCAAAUGGUAUGAAUUACAAGACCUCCAGGUGACUGACAUCCUUCCCCAGAUGAUCACACUGUCAGAGGCUUACAUUCAGAUUUGGAAGAGGCGAGAUAAUGAUGAAACCAACCAGCAGGGGGCUUGAAGGAGGCGUCUAGGGCUUUGCUCCCAAGGGCUGUGGCUGAUGAUGGUAAAUAAGAACACAGAAGCUGUAGCUGAACACAGGCUGGCUGGUGGGCUCCCUAGGCCAGCCCAGCUUGUAUGGGUUCUGGCUACACCAGAGCACCAAGAGCCCACUUGCCUGGGAUGGCCCCACACUGUCACUCAGCUGUUCUUUGAUCAUUUUUUUCUAGAUUGAUGCUCCUUUCUCUCAUGCAUCGAGCUCCCAUCUAGCUUCAGCAGGGCAGAACCCUUCUCCAGAUGUGUGUAACUUAUGUCUGAGUAUCUGGGAGUAGUUGAAGAACAGAUAAUUCCUUCCAAACAUCAAGCCUUGGGAUUCUUGGAGCAAGCAGAAAGCCAGUAACUUCGCUCUGUUAGAGGUGGAGGAUUUUCCUAUGGUUCUGCUCAUUUCCUGAUGUGUAUUUUUAGAUGGAUUAAAUAGUCUCCUGUUUUUAAA